UGAGCGCGAUUUGUUUUGGCGAUGCCCAGAGAAUGAUUUUGGAUUACGGAGAAUGCUGUCCACUUGUUUAUGCACGCCUUGCGCGUGCAGUGUUGUGACGCGUAACCCGCCGUUACUGUUAGAUUAUGCGUAGCUGUCACCGGAUGAAUGGCAUUCAAUGUCACAUACUGUCACACUCAUUCUUGAAGCGUUCGCCAGGCAGUCACAUGUAAAUAAGCUGGAAUGUAUACAGUAGCGUUAUCUCAGUUACGUCUUAACAUUUUCACGUCACAAAUGAUUUGUGAUUCUGAGAAGAGAUGAUAUGCGUGAAAUACUGUUUCUAAACCGAUAUUAAGCUUUCUCUGAUGCGUAACUUUCUUAAUUUGUACAAUCUCUCAGGCAAAUGUCAGUGUAUGGGAUUGUUUCAUAUGUGAAACUUCCUGAAGACAAGCACUAAAUAGUUGGAUAUCUCUUACACAUCAAAAACCAGUUUACCACGUAAAAGCUUCAUUGAAAAGGAUAGAAGUUCCACCAAGCAUAUUUGGAUCUAAGGAUACUAUGCAGUGAGUCAUGGAUUCAGUUCUUUACAGCUGGCUGGCCGCUGCAGCGGUGGCCCCGUUUGUAACGCUCCUAUCCUGCUGGACAUUGGUCAUCUUUAGGAGUUAUCGGUCCGAGUGGCGACUUUUGGACAUCUUCUUGUUCGCGUUGACUUGUUUAGAAGUGGUGUCGGCCCUUUUCAGUUUUGGAUAUGCUGUUCUGGGUGUGAUAAGGCCUGCAUUAGAAGCUCCAUGCCGUUUUAUAGUCUGGGGGCUGACGUCCACCCGAACGUUCCAUCUUUCGGCAGUUACAUCACUGCUGUUAGACAGAGCUUUUGCAGCCAGAUGGCCACGUGCAUAUAGGUCCACAGUGCGACACAGUCAGGUGAGAUAUCAUAUCGUUGUUCUGGCGGUCAUCUCUGUGUUUGUUGGAGUGACGUCUGUCUUUGCUCGUCUGCCAUCUUCUACGAGCAACUGUUCUCUCCACCCCUUAGAAUGGGACAUAAAAUUCUCGGUAUUCCUGGCUUGUGUUUAUGGCCUUCUACUUUUAACAGGUUUUGCAUGCUGUGUGACAGUACAUGCUGGACGUUUCCGCUCUCGAAGCAGCUACAGGACAUCUUGGUCAAGAGAUUCAGCAACAAGCAGCAGUGGUGCUUCGAGCGACGGAGCACGUGAUCUCGAAUGGGCUGUCGUUGCUUGCAUUUGCUGGUUAUCUUACAUGGUUAAUCAUGGUCCUUUCCUCGUUCUAAAUUCUCUUGGAAUGGCAGUUCCAACAUUUUGGUCUCCUUGGUUGGAUAACAGUAUCGUAUGGUUGCGUUUAGUUCAGGGUCUCUUGGUACCUUGUGUUUUAUUGCUGGCAGAUAUGCCCCACAGGAGUGCACUACGUAACAUGCUGCGACAGCCAGGACGCAUUUACAGACAUCUAUCAGAUCAUGGAGGCUUCCGCAUGCAGAUUGGCGAGUCAAAUAUUGCAAAAGUUGGAUAUCCUCCGUUUCCUCCUUUCAGAGCGCCUCCAUUUCCACAGCGCCUGCGUUGGAGUCCCGCAAAUCUCCCUAGCCUUCAAUCAUUGCAGCCCCUCGAAGUGGAUUCACUGCGAAAGGGAUAUGGCAGUGCAGGUUACACUACUCUUCUUAGCUUACCUUCGUCAACUACCUCUUUUUCAAGUCCUUUUUCAUCCUACUCUUCAACUGGACAAUCUCUGAAUUCAGUAACGACGAACGCUGUGGAUGAUUUUGUAUUUCGCCGUCCAUCAGUUCUUGCUCUGUUUGAUCCACCUUGUCCCAAAGAGGAGGAAACCAGAGGUCGUCGCUGCGAUACGCCAACUCCCUUCAUUAACUGUCGUGACGAAGAUUUGGAUCUUUGCCAGUGUGAGCUAGAAGACGACGAGAAACCUUCAGCAAGAGCCGUGAUCAACAAAAAUAUGAUUAAUAUCAUUCUAGCCUAUGAAAACGGCUCUGCCACUCCGGAUGGAACGUCUGAGUUGGAUACUUCUGACAGCACUGCAAAUCAUGAAGAAUCCUUUGAUUCCUCUUCCUCCGAAUCUUCCGACGCCGAUAGCAUUCAGAGUGUUAUCAUUAGGCAGAAGGUGGACCAGCGCGGGCGUGUGUCUGAAAGUGACAUUUCCAGAGCACAAAGAAAACUCUUUAGAUGUGACAAAAGCACUGAAAGUGAGUCUGGACCGCAGUGCUCAAUAUCCGAGCAAAGAGUAGUUUACUCGGAAUAUUUGUAAAUAUUUUAGUUAGGUGACCUUACAAAUCAAAUUUAUUUCAAAUAGUUCAGUUGAGGUACAACGUUAGUUUCGAUGCUUCGCGACCUGUGACGAAGCAGUUUGAAGUAAAUGUAGAAUGUGGAACAUUCACUGAUGAAUCGAUCUGGCAAACGUAUCCGUGUGACAUUUACAUUGUUACGUUUUAGACUGAUCCGACUUUGAGGCAGAACUUUAGCCAUACAUCAAAUAUCAUACUUGUCUGAAAGGUUUUCAACUGAUUAUUUAUACAAAUUCAUAUAUUUAAAUAAAACAGAAUUUUUAAAUCUAUAAGAUAAGGGGGAAAAAUCUGUCACAAAGCCAGAGGCGUAGCUAAGAUUUCAAGCGUCCGGGGACACCUAAAGCUUUUGCGCCCCUUUCUGUGUUCCAAGAAUGGAAAACAUUUCAUUCUGAAAGGUGUAUCAUCAAUUUGGCGCCCCUUCGAUGCUGCGCCCGGGGACGGAUGCACCCCCUUGCCCCACCCUAGCUACGCCACUGCACAAGGUUUACAGAUGUAAAGUAACACGAUUCUUAUAAAACAAGUCCAUUAAAGCUUUCUGUAGGCUGUCCACUUUGUAUUAUUAAUAUCGACCACUGACUGUCAGAAGUCGUAUGUGUCGUAUAUGUGUUACGGUGAAACACCGAAAUCUGGAGAAUGUCGACUUUCACCGGUGAAUGUCAACAUUCACAUAGUCUCUUGGUGUAUGUCCGAAAUAUUUUCCAAAUACUCUUAUUUCUGACUUACACCGGU